UGAUAAUGGAGAUGAUGAAUAUCGAAGAUGGUAAAACACGAUUCUUUCAAUUCAGAUUCCCAAAUAGGUCCUCAACAGGCAUCAGUGAAGCAAUCAGCCCGUGCAUGACGGUCUUCUUUUUUUUAUCCUUGUUGGUGGCUAAUUGCUAACCUCUACUUCAUCUUCUUCUUCUAUGGUCUGGAAUUCAUUUUCUUCGCUUUUCUUAUUUGCUUCCCCCCUAUUUUUUGUCCCACCCCACUAUCUUUGCUGCAUUUUCUGGUGUUUCUGUUCGAACAUCUGCUUAAAAAAAUCUCUGCUAACCUAACCCUAAACCCAGCCCAAAACUUCUUGGAAAAACAUAGAUUUAUACGGAGUAUUUGUUUUCCCAUCUUCUUGAUGCGAACUGCCUAAUUAAUCCAAACAAAAGCAUAUGUACAAGCUACUGUUAUAUGGUUGAACACUUUAGUCUAACUUUUGUCUUAUUUUUGACGGAAAAGCAUAUGAGUAUUGUUGAGUUUCUAUGUUUUUAUUUUCUCCCUCCCAAUUGUACGAGAAACAAAAGCUGUAAGUAAUCUCUUGACACUUCUCCCGAUUUGCCUAUUGCCUAUCCUUGUUUAAGUGCAUAUUUGUGUGUAAUUUCUCUAAAGUUAUUUCAACUUACAAAUGUUUUUUUUCUACAUUCCAACACUUGGUAUACGUUAUUUUUUAGAAACAAUUUCGUUACAAUUGGUCCAACCCCAAUGAAACUUGAGAACCCCUAGCCAAUACCCAGUUCUUUGACCAGUUAGGUGGCUGGUCUGGUUAAGAUAACCUUGCAAUCUACUGAAAACUUAUGGACUUCAAUUUACCCCUACUUUUUGAGUCUUUAGUCAGCAUUCUACAUCUUCCCUUUUCCUGGAUUAAACUAUAGUCUUUUUUGUUACUGGGGUUGUGGUUACUCUCCAACUCCAGCAUGGAAGGCAUAGUUCAGUACUUCAGUUGAGUAGAAUCACUGAGUUUCAGUAAUCUUCUAAAGUAGCUAUCUUAAUUCAUUCAACUGUUUGAAUUGAAAAUUAAGGCUUGCAAAUUUUGCAUGCUAAAAGUCGUUUAUCCUAAUAUGUACAACAGUAAAAGUUUCAAUAUUUAAACAGUAGGAUUCGUGAUCUGUUCUUAUCUCUUCUUGAUACCAAUAUUCACCAUCUGUUUCAGAUUCAAACUUCAUUCUUAUCAGUAUCCCAUAGUUAUCUCAUUUUGAGGUUAUCCCUAACUUACUUUUUCCCUAUAAUUUGCAUCUAUCAGUGCUGCAGGGUGAGGAGAAGGAGAGAUAAAUUCAGUGAACUUCCAGAUGGUUUACUUGACAAGAUUUUGGGAUGCAUGCCCAUUUUACAUGCUGCUAGAUUGGCCGUUUUGUCUACUCUGUGGAGAGAUACGUGGUUCAGUCUUACAACACUCGACUUUGACAUUGACUUCUUUAAUCACAUUAGAGACAAGUAUUAUUCUUACUAUUGCAGUGAUUGAAGAACCAGGAAACUAAUACUACGUAUAUGACAAUCAUAACAUUGAUUCAUUGGUCUCUGUGAGUUUAUACAUAAUCAACAAAAUUGUCAUGCAUCAUAGUGGACCUGUUCGUAAAUUUCGCUUUUUAUUUGGUUGUUGUGAUUUUGGAACACUUAAUUCACGAAUGUUUGACAUUUAUCAAUGGCUCACGUUUGUCACACAAAAAGGCGUUGAAGAAAUUCACCUUAAAAUUGAUGAAGAAGAUCGAUUCAUGCUGCCUAACUGCAUCUUUUCCUGCCCAACACUCAGGAGGUUGCGUAUUCAUGGAUCGUCUUAUGACACAGUAGACGCCCCUCGCAACUUACUAAAUUUGACUUCACUUUAUUUUGAAGAAGUUGACUUUAAGCCUAGUGGUCAUGCAAUUAAUGCUCCCAUGCUUGAGAAUCUGUCAUUUUAUUCAUGCGAUGAAACUAUGUUCCAUUUUAACAUCACUGCCCCAAAACUUGGUAAGUUAACCAUAGAAGGUUGUUCCUAUCACCAAACCAAUGGCUAUCUUCCAGUUAACUACUCGAGUUGGGAAUCUGUUCGUACUCUCUAGUUCUGGAUGGUUACUCGAUCAUGGAGCGUUACGCACUAGAGGGUGAUAUUUCUCCUACAUUCAUUCAUUUGCUGCAGUUAUGCCCAAAAUUGUGCGAACUUCAUAUGGAUGUAACGGUCAUCUUCUAGUUUUAAUUUUCUAGUUUUACCAAUCACUUUGUUGUGAGUUUAGGUGAUUGAUGAAUUCAGUUUUCUUUUGUUGCUUUUCUGCAGAUUAUUGAAAUGUUGGGAGAUUGCGUAGGGACACGCUCAGAACUUCCAGAGUAUCUUUACCGUGUGGCUAGGAAAUGCAACUUGCUUCAGACUAUGAUUUUGAGUGAUGUCCCAUACAGAGGCGAGAUUGAGAGUUGGCUGUUUGGCAUCAAGGGGUUACUUGCAUGCUGCCCAACACUUGAGAAGUUAGUUAUCAGAAAACAAUUCAAUCUUAGAGCUAUGAAGAAAAUAUUGCAUUUUCCCGUGCCUCCCCAAAAAUUGAAAUACUCCAGUUUUCAUCGAAUAAAUUGAAUACAUGUGUUGAUUGCACUUUAUUCAUUCAACAUUGUAUCGUUUAUUAGUUUGAGAAGUCUGCAGGCGCUGGAUGUUCAUAUUCAAAACAAUUGCAUCAACCGUUUAAUUCAAUUUUAAUAGCUUCUAAACCACAA